UCCGUUUCCCCAGCUGCCGUAGGGAGGAAUUUGAGGUGUGAACUGGGAUGGAUUGUAAACAGAGAAGUCCAAGAGGGCUGAAUAGCGCAGCCGGUCUGUAUUGCGGCUCAUGGAGAAAAGAGGAGAGAGGAGGUGAGAUUAAAAGAAAGAUCACCGGGGAAGAAAUGCGGAACGUUUUGCGUCUGUGGAGGUCCUAGGAGUCAGGAAAAUUCUGAUACUGUGGAUGAACAAAACAGUUGUUGAACGAUUAACACCUUCCUAUGCAGUUGGGAUGUUUAGGAAGGUAAACAAACAUAAAUCUAAUUGAAGUCAGAUGCCUGUGGCAAUAGUGACUAUGUUGGGUCCAGGCCAAACCAGGAUCAACAUUUUCCCCAGAGGCCGCUUCCUCUCUUGUGCCUCAGCAUUCAUGUGGCGUUUUGGCAAAAUAGCCCCAAAGUUUCAGCUCUUCUGACUCCAGACAAAAUGGAGGCCUUAGAAGUUGAUGACAUCAGUCCUGCCUUGGAAGUGACUGAGGAUUUCUUCGCUACUUUUGAUGCUAAGCUAGAAAAUGUGCAGCCACCAGAGGUUUAUGGGAUUCAGGAAGUUCCUGAACUGCUCGGACAUGAAGUCUUCAAUAAUUGUGGGGACUUGAGGAACAUCCCUUCUUUGGGGAAGAACAAUCUUGCUUGGGAACACUGCAAGAAUGGGCUCUCAGAAACCAAAGCGCAGACUGCAUUUCCUGCCAAAGAACGGUUUGGAGUGCAAAAGGGAACAGUUCCAGACAACCUGUCCUGGAUGGAGCAAAGGGAGGCGUCCACUUUUAACAUCCUUAAUAUCUGCCGGAGGAGGGUUCGACCCCGUUCUGUGAAUGAUAUUACAGUACAGAGUGAGGAAGCUGCCACUUUCAAACCAGGCCAUAACCGGUCACGCUCAGAUAUCAGCCGUGUAGACUGGGGUGUCAUCAUAACUGGUGCUCCUCCACAGCAGCUAUCUAACCAGAGUAAACAAUGUCCAAAAAUUUCAUUUGCACCAGCUGGGUUCAAAAAGGGAGAAGAUAUUCAAGGGAACACACAGCACAAGCCAACGUUCUCAAAUAUCUUAAAGAAAGGGUAUUUGGAAAUUAAGAGCAACCAUGAUACCUACUGGCAGACUUGUUAUGCUGAGCUCUUGCCGUAUGAACUGUACCUAUAUUGGCUGGACAACAGCGGUAACCAGACCCUUCCCACUGUCUAUCUGCUCCUGCAUUUCCAGAGUAUCACUGUGGAAACUAGUGUAGUGGAUGCAGUUCUGUUCAAUAACUCACAUCUACAGCUCAAAGCGGAAUGCCCCUGGGAAGCCUUAGACUGGGGGCAGAAGCUUCGGGAAGCUGUGCAUUCUUCGGUACCAUCUUUCCUGAGGCCACCAGGAGACUUGCAGAACACACAGAAGCUUGAUAAUGAGGAUAGUGGCAUCACUCAAAACCAUGUCUUUCAGAAGGAACCUUCCAAAUUUUUGCAGUCAACAUCUUUGACCCCAAAUAUCAAGGACUUACAAGAUGUUCUUAAAUCAGGGACUCUUUACAGGCUGACACUUCAGAACAACUGGAAAGCAUUCCAUUUUGUGCUCAGCCCUCCUCUCCUCAUGGCGUUUCAGACCAGCAGGCUUGAUGAAGACCCUUUGUGUAGCUACAAUAUUGAAGUGUGCCUCUCGGUAGAGACUGAUACCCUGGAUGACUGUGACUCUUGCUUUCAGGUUAUCUUCCCUCAAGAUGUGCUCCGUCUGCGGGCAGAAACACGUCAAAGGGCUCAGGAAUGGAUGGAUGCCUUGAAAACUGCUGCCAGGGCAGCUGGCCUUGGUCAAAACCUGCAAGUGACACUCAGAAACAAAAUCCAAGGUUUGUCUCAUGGAAAAGAGCAUAGGAAGGUCAAGCGCCAGUCUGUCACCACUAGUUUUCUCAGCAUCUUAACCACCUUGUCUUUGGAAAGAGGACUGACUGCCCAGAGUUUUAAGUGUGCAGGUUGUCAGCGCUCUAUAGGCCUAGCCAGCGGGAAGGCAAAGGUGUGCAGCUACAGUGGAUGGUACUACUGCAGCGUCUGUCAUGUGGAUGACACCUUUCUGAUUCCUGCACGGCUGGUUCAUAACUGGGAUACUUCAAAGUACAAGGUAUCAAAGCAAGCCAAAGAGUUCCUGGAAUAUGUGUAUGAAGAACCCCUGAUUGACAUCCAGCAGGAAAACCCAAUGUUGUAUAGACAUGUUGAGCCACUGGCAACAGUGGUCCGUCUGAGACAGCAGCUGAAAUCCCUCCGAGCCUAUUUAUUCAGCUGCAGAGCAGCAGUAGCUGAAGACCUGCGAAGGAGAAUAUUCCCUAGAGAGUAUCUUCUUCAGCAGAUCCAUCUUUAUUCUUUAGCAGAUCUGCAGCAGGUUAUUGAAGGGAAGCUGGCCCCAUUCCUUGGGAAGGUCAUCAAAUUUGCCACCUCUCACGUAUACAGCUGCAGCCUUUGUAGUCAAAAAGGAUUUAUCUGUGAGAUCUGUAACAACGGUGAGAUCCUCUACCCAUUUGAGGACAUUUCUACAGGCAGGUGUGAGAGUUGUGGUGCUGUCUUCCAUUCGGAAUGCAAGGUGAAGGCUGUGCCCUGCCCCAGGUGUGUGCGGAGGGAGCUUCAGAUGAAGCAGAAGUCUUUCUGGAGAAGGCUCAACAUGGAUGAGAGUCUGGAAGAGGCUUGCAACAUGUUUGAACUGUCUUAUCAGAACACAUGAAUUGGAGGAGCAAGUGAGCAAACCUGCUGAGGUUUCUUCCCUGAAUAGGGAGUGAAUGUUUGCAAGUCAGCAUGGGACUGUCUGCACUGCCAGAGAUGGGCUGGUAUUCAUCUUUCAGGGCUUGACUACCUGGGGCCAAAGGUACUAAGAAGUCUGUGUGAACCAGCCGGUGUUAAGCCAAAUGUAGUUUACUUGAAACAUUUCCUAUUCUCUUUGCAGUUAUUGUGAGAAAUGCCUGAUUGCGUGUAUUGUUUAUUAUUAGGGUUUUGAGUGGAAAGAAGUGGUAAAGCUAGCAAACAUGGCACUGCUAUUUAAAACCCAUUGACUGCUUUGGACAAGGUGCCUAUGACCUGGUGUUUGUAGGGCAUUUCACAGCUUGGACAGCAUUUAGAAACAAUUCCCUGCUUUACAAAAUAUUGACUUCUCUAUAGAACUACAUCUAGAUACAGUAAGUGUAUAAAUAUAUAGCAAUCAUAGAGCAGAUGUUAGUUAAAUCUUACAUUACUGUUCCUAACUUCUGGAUAAAUGGCUCUGUGAUCUAUGUUUGCAGCUGUGCAUCUGCACAACAUUUCAAUUUCAUAAUGAGACAAUAAUUCACAUUCCUGUGAUUUCUCACAUGUAAUACGGUGAAGGACUCAAGACUGAGUUCUAUUGCUGUUAACAAAAGCGUACACUGCUUUUUGCUUUCUUGGUGAUAAGUUGAGGCAUCCCUUUCUCUUUCUGUCAUCUUCAUCCACAAUGAUAAAAGGGUGAAUUACUUCCUGUUGAGCCUUCCACAAAGCUGAAGUUUGUGGAUCUCUGUUGCUCUUUUCCUUGAAUUUCUCACUAACGGGUACAAUAUAUAGGGAUACACAGAACAGCAGCCUGAGUUGCUGCAGAGCACAAAUGCUGCUUCAGUGCAGCCUGAAGGAGAGACGUAUUCUGAACAUGUUGCAGGAACUGGGAUUUCUUGUGCAUUUCCCCAUUCUGGAUUAGGAAAAGAAGCUCAGCGCUCUGAUGACUGCAGAUUGGACAUGAAUGUUUUCCUGACAAUGUGUUCCUCAGUGGCAUUUACCAUAGAAAUAUGUUUCAUUUUGAUGCCCCUGUUUUCAGCUCAGUCCCAUGCCCCAUUCAGUAGUCUCUUUUAGAUACCUAAGAGCAGAGACAUUUGUUAUAAUUAUUUGUCCUGAUCCAAAGCAAUGUUGUGCUCUUAUACAAGCUUUCCCCAUCAGAUCAGUGGGAAGUUCCAGUCUUCGCCUUUAUUAGACUCUCUCUACUAAAACAGAAAAGUUACAGAAGAAAGAGGGCCUUUUGUGUUUUUAAGUAGUUGAAGGGUCAGGGGCACUGCCUAAGCACAAAUAUACAGUAGAUUUAAUGAGAAUUAUAGACGUUCCCUGUGGAGUUUUGUGCACCUAUUUUUUAAAAAUUAUUCAUAGGUUACACUUGGCCAUAAGGCUAAAUUGUGGGAAUGAGCCUACACAAGCCUUAGUCACACACACCCUCCAUUCCCACAUGGUGAGGAGAGGGAGGCUCAGAGUUUUCACUUUCCUUUUUGAUCUAUCACAGUUUAGCAACCAAACUCAAACACACAUUUGUCUUAACUAUGGCAUACUGAAACAAGCCAGCUUUGAUUUUGAAGCUGGUUUGGGUCAAUAGACCAUAGUUAACAUUCACCACAUUUAGAGUUAGGGCAUAAUGCUAAAUAGUGUAGCUCAGUAGUUCCCCAAACUGGUAAACACCAAACCCUAACCCCAGUUCUUAGACUGCAACUCCCAGAAGCCUUCAUCACUAGUGCUGGCCAGGGUUUCUGGGAGCUGCAGUCCCAGAGCACUGGUGUAGUUAAUUCAAAAAGGAAGUAGCUACUAAUGGAGGUGAAGGGGAUGAGGAAGGAUGGUGACAUUGUCCCUAUAAUAUUGCUAUAUCCAAAUGCAGCAAGUCUCUGGGAUUUUUUCAUUCAAUAUCUUUAUAAUUUCUAUUGUUUCUCAAGAGCGUGUAAAUUGAUGAAUACUUGGUUACCCAUUUACAGGAAGCCACUAUGUAGUGAUGUAAAAAUAAUGAGUAUCUGCAUGUAUACCUGUCUGUUAACCCAUGUAGGUUUGCUCUGCUGCCACCCUUCCCUCUCUGCAUGGCGGUCUGAUGCCAAUGUGUUAAGAUUGUAAUUGCGUUUAACACAACAAAUAUAUUUAAAAUGGAGGAUCCUGACUAAAACAAACCUCAAUGUGCCUGUUAAACAUGAAGGUAAUUUUUUAAAAUCUAAAACUCAAAUGUUGCAGACUAGAGAUGGGGGAAGGCAAAUAUAUAACACAUACAAACGAUAAAGACAAUAUUUGAAAUUGCACAUGCUGAAAUAUUUCUCUAUUUCUUUCAAGAAAAGAAUGGCAGGAUAGGGGUGUUCUUGAUCGUGUUGUAUUUCCAUCAGUCACUCUUGUGUCUGCAUAUACACGUACUGUAUGAAUAUAUAUGUAUGAAUGUGUAAUCUAGGAAACUUGUUUCAUGACAGACCAUCAGAUUGUGAAGUUAUAUUUAAAUGGUCACCAUUCACAACCUUGUAACGGAUUACAUUGUGUGUUUUACUCAGUGAUUCAGGAACUCCAUACAUGGAUUCAGGUAGAGGUGUAUGAUACUUGAAAAUUGUCACAUCUGAAACAUCUAGUUGGAGAAGGUAAUAUAACAUAUGCCAUUGGCUUGGGGCAGUGGGGGGGGCAGGGCCAGGCUGAGACACCUGAAAACCACAACUGAGGUGGAAUUUGCUAUUUUUAUUUACACACUGUUGCUAUUUCCUUCUUCUCUUUCAUCAUGGAAGCAGGAAAUAGCAACUUGUUGACUUAGAUUUUGAUCUGCUUUUUGUGGAAUUUAUUCCUGGGUGCUUUCUUUCUACAUGCCAGAGAGCAGAAUUUUGUUUGUUCCCUAAUAUUUUUUCCACAGUAUGUGACAUAUCCUUAUCCUUUGAAACUAAGAAUAGAUAGCAGCAGCCAUCACAUGUACUGCAAAGGGAACAUUGCAUAAUUUUUAAAAAGUGCAAGCCUGUACUUUUUAAUUUCUGCAUUACUGGUGGGGACAUCUUUCUUUCCAACAGGAAAAAUAUCUCUCUCUGAUUCUGGAACAAUCUUUAUUUGCUUCAGGACAGUUCUGGCUUAGUUUGAAUCUCUGCAUGAGAAGAGAGAACACCACACCUUGUUGGGUUUAUUGAAUUAACAGGGUUUAGCUCCCAUUGACGUGCAUGUGAAAAACAGUUAUACAGCAGCAGUCAGAGCUUGAAAAAAAUUACUUGGUUGGGUUACAGUUUCCAGAAUUCUCCUCAGCCAGCACAGCUUGUGACUACCAUUGUCUUGAGGAGUUGAGGAGUUGCAAUUGAAAAAAGUAACCCUUCCAAAAUGGUAUCAGUCAUUUGAAAAUUCACACAAAUUCCUGUCACAGGAAUGACCUUCUGUUGUAUGUUAAGAAAACAGCUUAAAAACAACAACUAUCUCCACACAUCUCAAAAAUCUGCCCCAAGUGAGCAUGUAUCGUGGAAGUUUGACAUCUCCUUGCAAUGAGGAAAAUGUUUGUGAAGCAAACAUCCCCUGUAGACUGAAGAGACAACCUGCAUAUUUGGCAACACUUUGGAUAUUUUACAUUUAUUCUCUGAUUGGUUUAUUGCCAUCACUGCUUUUGUCUUUUGAUCUUUGCAGGUUCUCUGAUAAGAAGUUGUUUUUUUUGCAUUGCUGAAGCUAGCUGAAUUUUAUACCUGGCAAAUGGGGAAGAGGAGUAUUCAGGUCUGCUCUCUUUGCUGUAUCCCAUUUUUAUGCAUUUCACUAGUACACAUUGCCUGCACAAUUAGGAGUUGUUUAGUAAUCCCACCUCUGUCCCACAAACAGGCGCUCCUUUGCUGCCGGUGAGGUUGAGAAGCUGACCUGACUGUUCUUACUGUACAGCGUAUGGGCUAUUCACUUGCAGAGGUGCAGGGCCCCAAGUGAUGUAUCUUUUGCAGGGGUGCUUAUGUCACUGUGGCUUUGGCGGAACUGCCACUGUCAUUAAACAGAGCAAAGCAAUGAUCUCAGGUAGCAGAUGCUAGGCGCCAGUGGUGGCAGUCCUUGGACUAUUUCUCCCGAGUUGUCUUAAAUGUUUGCUUCUGUGGAAGGAUAUAGAAGUGUGUGUCUUGAAUGACUUGUCCUGAGCUCCCUAAACUAGCCUAUUGUCCAUCCAGUCAAUUGCCCAUCAAGUCAGCUUCCUUACCUAGGAUUCAGAGGGCUACCAUCAGCCUUGGGAAGCAACGUGUCUUGUACUUUAUAUAGCUCCUAGGGACCGGUUUGCAUGAUACAACAUACAGUAUAGGACCUUGCAUAGUAAAGAAAACUGGAAGACCACGUGACCUGGCCUAUUCGCAUCUUUCUUUGGAAAUGCUAUGUGACUGUAGAGUGGAGAAGCCCACAAAAUUACUUUCUGGUCAGAAGAAGUUUCCCUCUUUUCCAGUCAACACAGCCCAGUGUUUGCCAUGUCCAUUCUGUGUACCUGACGUUACUUCUCUCUACUCCCAUCAGAUUCUAAGGAAAAGGAAUCUGCUGUUUUCUCACAUGAGAAAACCAGUGGGAAAUUAUAACCACAACGUUGCAUAAUCCUGAUCAGCUACUUGAAAGGUGAUGUACAAUACGCCCCCCCCCCGGACAGGGGUGUCGUCUACUUUAAUCAACUGUGUUCCAACUCCAGCGGCAUCAUUUUGUUGCUAGGCUUUAGCUUUUUUUGCUUCUUUGAAUUAAAAGAGGAAGAAGAAGCGGCGGGGGGGGGGAGAACCAGAGCUGUCAUCAAGUAUGAGAAAUAAGGAUUUCCUAACAAGUUUGUUUUGACAGUGUUGUUUGGCACCAAAGUCCUCUCUGUGUCUUUCUACCAUUUAAUGGCUGUGAUGCCAUAUCCUGUCUGCUACACAAAUCUUUGCAACAAGAAUUCAAAGUUAGAAUCACCUCAGAAUAAUGUGGGAGGCAGCAUUUCUGAGGGAACGUUUCAGUCUGACUCAAUUCCAUGAAUGUUAAUCAUUGCUGUAGCAAUAGCAAAUUGAAGGCAAAUGAGACUGAUGUAAUAAUCACUGAAUAUAUUUGCAUAUAUUAUUAUACAAAAACGGAAAUAUCGCAAAGGUGUUUUCUUUUUGUUUACUUUGUCCUGUGGUAAACAGAAUUAUUAGCCUUUUCUGAGAGAACACUUGUAGCUUGCAGUUAAUCAGUAAAUGCUGACUGAGCAGUAUUGAGCAACAGUUACUAACAUCUCUCGUUAACCUGUGAAAAGCUUAUAUCUUUCUUAUCCUUUCUACCAUAUUUAAUUGGUAUGGUUGUUAUUUAUUUUGUUGCUUGUAUAACAGCUAGAAGCCUCCUAUUUAGGAAUGUUUUUCUGCAUUUACGUAGAAACCCCAGUCUGUCCACAGAGUUUUCCCAAAGCAAAUUCCUAAAGCAUGGAUGUGUAGCAGCCUCUACUUGUAAUCAGCCUGUGGAGCAAUAAAGGAUUUUCAACAUUAGCUAUGGGUAAACCGUACCACAAGAAAAAAUCUGGAUGAACUUUCAGUCCUGAACCCUGACCACACUGUUGUCCAGUAGCACUCUUCAGGAGAAUCAAGUGGUAAAUCUCUCCUGUGCUGUUCCACUUCUGUUCCAGUAUUUAAUGUUUAUGUAUUCUUCAGUCUGAGAACAAAAACUACCUUGCCCUUAACAUGGAAAAAUAGUUUGGGGGAGAAAGAUUUGGGUAGCCAUUUCCCCAACAUGAUAUGUUCCCGUGUAAUUGAAGGUGGGAGUCAGUUUAAACAUAUGGCUUGAAAUGGUGCACUUGGAGAAAAAUAAGUAACAGUUACUUCUUCAGUAACUUGCUUUUUCAAAUCUGAUGAUACACACAGAACCUGUAAGUUCUAUUAAAGCCUUUCUAAGUUGUCUUCUGGUUUUCUCCUGUAGAUUUUUCACUCUCUCUUUUUUUUUUACAGUGAAUACUAAUUGUAUUUUUACUCUGUCUUUUUACUAAUUUGCCGUGAGGUCUUCUGACCCCAGGCAAAUUACCUGGGAAUAAACUAGGUUGACUUGAAACCACAGAUAUGACUGGCUGGGUAGCUCUGUGGGUUGGAGUACAUGGCUGUGAAGCCAGGGGUCAGAAAUUCAGUUCUAUAUUGUGCUUUGUAGCUGUUCCUCAUGCUACAUGGCCCAGAGCACCUCCAGAAGAAGGGAAUGCUAAACACUCCUAAGGACUCUACGCCUAGGCAUCUCUGGAAAUGACUGGCAUAAUUUAGAUUUGAAUAGGCAGUAUAUUAUUAAUUAAGCACCGCUGAACUAUAUGAUGUGAAUGCAAGAAACAUUUGUGGUGGGUGAAUCUUAAUGGGAUUUACUGAUUUGAUGAGUUUAGCAUUUAGCUUGUAAGCCAUCAAGCUUCCCUUAGGUCUCUCUGGUACCAUUUGAUACCUUCACCUGACAAACAGAUCCUUUGCCACUACUCAAGAUACAAUGGACUGCAUGUCAACAAGAUCUGAUUCUUAUUCAGUGCACACUCUCUUAGGAGUAUAAUCAAGCUGAUAAGCUUUCUUAUAUCAAGUCAGACCUUGUCAUGGAAUAGUUGCUACCCUAAUGAGCUGUGGCCCUCCAGAGUCUCAGUCCGGAGUCUUUUGCCAGUGUAGUAAAUGACAGCAAUUGAACCCAGGAUUUUUUGCAUUUAAUGUAUAUGCCUAUCACUGAACUGUAAUUUUUUUCGUGCAUCGUUGUUCAGUGUGGAAGACACCAGUGUUUUAAUAUUAACGUCUCCAUUUCGGUCUUCCAGGUGAAGACUUGGGUAAAGAAGAAUGGGAAAUGUUUGAAAUUUUGGAGACACUAGCAAGCUGAAUGGAUCAACCUACUGUAAUUAGGUGGUAGCUUUGUUUGGAGGACCAACAAAAUAGAUCUUCUUUCAAUACUCUUUUCAAGAAAUGUGAAUGGUUUCAUUUCCAGCCACCAUGAUUAUAUAAAGAAUUUUUUUUUUAAGUAUCCUGUGAUGGGAGAUGUGAAGGAUGCAUUCUUUGGCUGAUUUCCUGGACUAGCCCCAGCAAGACUUACCAGCUAGAAAAUGCAAAAAAUAUGCUCUUGCUUGAGAGAUAAUGAACACUGCCUGGUGUAAUCUCAAUCACCUGCCAGAGUCCAUUAAUCACCUCAUUUUUGUUUGUUUACCCCUUCUUUGCCAAGAGCAAAGGCCUUUUCUUAAAAAAAAGAAAGAAAAAAAAGAAUGGCAAUUGUACUGUAGAGCCAGCUUAUACAUUUAUUGUUUUUUGAAGGUAAGAGUAGUGGUGUGAUCCAGGAUGCAUUGGUGUAAAUCUCUAAAUCACAAAAUCCUUGUGAUCUCACCUGUUUGUUUUUAGUGGAAGGAACAUUGUCAUAGUGUUGAGUAUAUAGCUGUCCCUUCACAUCUCUUGCAAUAAUAGAAGUUAACAACUAAACUCACUGGAAAGCAGGAUCACCUUAAUACUAGGAGUUUUUACACCAUGCACCAUUCAUUCCUGGGAUUUGCUACUGCAAGAUGUGGGGAUGACUAUUGGAGAUUAAGUAGUGAUUAUAUUGUUAGAUGAUGGUAAUGUAUUUUAUGGUUGUUGAUCUUGAUGAGUGUAUUUAGGAAUUAGUCAGUAGUUAUAUUUGUUAGCCAAUCCAAUCCAAAGAAUAGAACUAACAACCAUCAAAAUCAGAGGAUCAACAAAUUAUCAAAAUAAUUUAGCCCUGUUUGCAAAGCUGGGCAUAUGAAGGAGCCAUCUUGAAUAUUUGGGGGGGGGGUUACUGUAUUUAAAGAUAAAUUAGAAGUGUUCAUUUAAAAUGAAGCAAUUCAAACUUGAAGUUGUCUCACGCGUAUAUUAUGUAGAAGUGUGAGCAUGUGCCUUUUUUGCUUUGCAUAAGUCAGCUCCUGCCUAAUAUCUUUACCCAAGCUUUCAUUCCAUGUUUGUACAUAGAAAAGAUUCAUGAUCAAGCAUUCUUCUUAGGAGCUGAACUGAAUCUGAUGAUAAAUGUAUUUAUGUAUUUGGGGAAGCAGUUUCAAUUUUGCUUGUUUUACUUUGUCAUGCAUAUGUUGAGCCAGUAUCUUUAAUUUAUUAUUACACAUUUUGUUGUUUUAAACUGUAUGUUUAAAUUGUUUGCUACCCAAUCAAUGUUCUAAGUUUGUUAAUAUUAAUAAUACAUUCUGUAUUAAUAGUGGCACUCAAAUAAGUUAUGAUACAUUGACAGUUUAUCUGAAUCUGAUUCCCUUACUGUACAACGCUGUAUGUGUCUGUUCAGAAGUAAGUCCCAUUCAGUUCAAAGGGCUUACUCUUAGGUAAAUAAGUAUCUUACCUAUAUUCAGUAUCAGAUAGAAGCCUAAGUUAUCCAGGACAUGUAGCUAAGAACCACUGGUCCCUACUGUAUAAAAUGCAAUUCAAUAAAUAGCAUAAUACAAACA